GCCCUGAUGUUGCUAUAGGAACUGGUUGAGUGAAGGGAAGGGUCAGAUGCACAGGGCUGAUGCCUGUGUGCUGGUGUCUCUGAAAAGUUCUGGAUGAAUCAUGCCUGAGCUCUAACUGCAUCAGCACCAUUCUGGUCUGAAAAUGUCUGGUCUCGAAACACUCUUUAAAUACGUUGAUGAACACCAAGACCUCUAUAUUCAGCGGCUGGCUCAAUGGGUGGCAAUUCAGAGUGUGUCAGCAUGGCCAGAGAAGAGGGCUGAAAUCAGACGCAUGAUGGAGGUUGCUGCGAAGGAUAUUGAGCGACUGGGAGGCACAACGGAACUUGUGGAUAUUGGGAAACAAAAGCUGCCUGAUGGAUCAGAGAUCCCUCUACCGCCAAUUGUUCUGGGAACACUUGGCUCAGAUCCACACAAAAAGACAGUGUGUGUAUAUGGUCACCUGGAUGUUCAGCCAGCAGCACUAGAGGAUGGCUGGGAUAGCGAGCCCUUCACGCUUGUAGAAAGAGAAGGAAAGCUGUAUGGGCGGGGAUCAACAGAUGACAAAGGUCCAGUGCUUGCCUGGUUGAAUGCCUUGGAGGCUUAUCAACAAACUAACCAGGAGUUUCCUGUAAAUGUUAAGUUCUGCCUGGAGGGUAUGGAAGAAUCGGGAUCCGAAGGCCUUGAUGAACUGAUUUUUGCUCAGCAAGACACUUUCUUCAAAGAUGUGGAUUAUGUUUGUAUUUCUGACAACUACUGGCUAGGCAAGAAGAAGCCUUGUAUCACCUAUGGCUUGAGGGGUAUCUGUUACUACUUCAUAGAGGUGGAAUGUAGUGACAAAGACCUUCACUCUGGAGUUUAUGGUGGCUCAGUACAUGAGGCCAUGACAGAUCUCAUUACUCUAAUGGGUUCUCUUAUAGACAAGAAAGGGAAAAUCCUCAUCCCAGGCCUUAAUGAAGCAGUGGCACCUGUUACUGAUGAGGAGCUGGCACUAUAUGAGAAGAUUGAUUUUGACCUGGAAGAAUAUGCAAAAGAUGUAGGAGCAACAAAAUUAUUGCAUGAUGCAAAGAGGGAUAUCCUUAUGCAUAGGUGGAGAUAUCCUUCCUUGUCUCUCCAUGGAAUUGAAGGAGCCUUCUCAGCCUCUGGAGCCAAGACUGUGAUUCCUAGGAAAGUGAUUGGCAAGUUCUCGAUCAGACUUGUGCCAAACAUGACUCCCGAAGAAGUCACAAAGCAUGUUGAAGACUACGUGAGCAAAAAGUUUGCAGAGCUGCAGAGUCCCAACAAAUUCAGAGUAUACUUAGGCCAUGGUGGAAAACCCUGGGUAUCGGACUUCAACCAUCCCCACUACAUGGCUGGUAGGAGGGCCAUGAAGACAGUUUUUGGAGUUGAACCAGACCUGACGAGGGAGGGAGGAAGCAUUCCUGUUACCCUUACUUUUCAAGAAGCAACAGGCAAGAAUGUCAUGCUGCUUCCUGUUGGAGCUGCAGAUGAUGGUGCCCACUCUCAAAAUGAGAAGCUAAAUAGGUACAACUAUAUCCAGGGGGUGAAGAUGCUGGGUGCAUACCUCUAUGAAGUUUCCCAACUGAAGGACUAAGUUAAACACCUUUACCUUCUAGCUCCUGGAGCAGAAGUCUGAAUUUUCUUACAAAAUGUCAUCAAUUAUCAAGUCUUACAUGUCUCCCCUCUUCUACCAACACUCUGCUGUUUUGGUGGGGAGAGGAAAGCAUGCAGUUCCACUUGACAAAGAACGUUGUAUACCAAAAAUAUUUCUUUAAAUGCUUACUUCAGAUGACGCAGACUAUUCUUUAUCUGGCCAGCAGUCCUGAACUGCAUCUUUGUCCUCUCUGUAUUACUUCAAAGCUGUGGUUUGCUAUAUACAUCUACUUUUUCCUGUAAAGCAGGAGGAAUGGUUUGCUCUCAACUGUUUAAGCAGCCACAUCAGUUGCAGAACUGCCAGCUGAGUUUAAGGUUCUUAUUUCUGGAUAUGUCCUGGAAGUAGUCAAAGUGACAGAUUAUGGGGCUAUACUGGAAUGUGUUCAAGCUGUAGUGAGGCAUCCAUCUUACUGAGUGAUUUGGAAGUGCAGUUUGUCUCUUACAGUUUAUACCUGCCUGCAGGUUUCAGUUUACAGUGAAUUAGGGUACAGCAAAAUUCAGUGUGGUAAUGACUACUGGCCAUCUUUUUGUAAAGCUGUCUUUGUACUCUCUAAAAAAGACAAUAAAUAAUCAUGCUCUGGA